GGCCGUAUUAUAAUCAAAUAAACUAUAGCCACAAUCAUCCACCAUGCAUAUCAUACAUCCACACAGGAAAUCAUGAGAUGUGUAAACAUAUUAUAUCUGCCUAUACAUGAUAGAAUAAUGAUAAAUAGUUGGCCAUCAUGGUACAACUCCAACAGAGCGGACGACCAGGCUCUGAUCGCCAUGCUCCAAGCCGCACUCCCCCAGGGAAUGUGGGCAUGGAGUUGCGAUGAAAUUCACUCCCUACAUACCAGGAGAUGUUGGCCAGGGCGAAGUACCUGGCGUUAGAAGAGGAAGAUGAUGAAGCACCUGUCCACAAGGAGAAGAAGAGUGCGCAGCCAGCGGGCGAGGGCAGGAAGCGAAAAUAUUUUGGAAGGGGACCAAACCCUACAAGCUAUCCGGCGAGGAGACCUCCAGUUCACGCGAUCAAAUCUUUACCAGUCCCUCCACGAAGUCGGGAAAACUACAACGUCCAGGACAACCCAAAGUACCGCGAGUACCACCGUAGCAGCACCCACAAUACGUCGGUGUGUGUUACAUUGAAAAAAGAAAUGGAUCAGUUGAUAGCAAGAGGGCCUCCGCAUUGGGUGGAAACGCAGGCACCGGGGAACAGGGGACGUGGAGGAGACUAGAAGGCCCAAAUCUCGUGCCCAAGAGGUGCUUGGGUACCCGUAUGUGUGUGCCUCGGUCCUGGGCGGGCCCAAAGGCUUGGUCCUGGACCAGAUGAAUACGUACAGCUGGGGAAAUCCGAAUUGGAGAAGGAAACACAGCUGGAUGCGGAAAAGUAACCGAAGGAAGGGGAUCGCGUGAAUCUCAGAUUAGCUUUCAUAAAUUGUAAACUUCGGA